GACAUCUUAGUGGGGCAACAGGAUCAUCAAAGAAAGUAACAAAGAAGCACCAAAAAUAUCUGGUCCUGGCCCGGGGAACAGGACACCCCAGCCCCCGGACUCCUGCUGUCCUGUCACAGUACCUGCUCCAGGUGGCCACUGUGCUCAUAUCCAUCACUGUAGAUUCAGCACGCACCACCACCUCCCCCCAGCAGUUCCGGUCACGCCAACAUCUGGAGAAGGGGCCGCCAGACCAAGGACACUCCACCCAGCCUGGGACAAUGGGGAGGAAGAAAAUUCAGAUCUCACGCAUUCUGGACCAAAGGAAUCGGCAGGUGACAUUUACCAAGCGCAAGUUUGGGCUGAUGAAGAAGGCCUAUGAGCUAAGUGUACUCUGCGACUGUGAGAUCGCCCUCAUCAUCUUCAAUAGUGCCAACCGCCUCUUCCAGUACGCCAGCACGGACAUGGACCGUGUGCUACUCAAGUACACAGAGUACAGUGAGCCUCACGAGAGCCGCACCAACACCGACAUCCUCGAGACACUGAAACGGAGGGGCGUGGGCCUUGAUGGACAAGAGCUGGAGCCAGAGGAGGGGAUUGAGGGGCCAGGAGGGAAGCUGCGGAGGCUGGCAGGUGAUGGGGGUGACCCAGCCUUGCCCCGACCCCGGCUCUAUCCAGCAGCUCCCACUAUGCCCAGCCCUGACAUGGCAUAUGGGGCCCUGCCCCCACCAGGCUGCGACCCCAGUGGGCUUGGGGAGGCCCUGCCUGCCCAGAGCCGCCCAUCCCCCUUCCGUCCAGGAGCCCCCAAAGCUGGCCCCCCAGGCCUGGCACACCCUCUCUUCUCAGCAAGCCACCUUGGCAGCAAGACACCACCGCCCCUGUACCUGGCAGUGGAUGGGAGGAGGCCAGACCUGCCUGGUGGCCUGGCUGGGGCCCGAGGGGGACUGAGCACCUCGAGAGGCCUCUAUGGUAGCCUGCAGAGUCCGUGCUCCACUGCCACCCCAGGACCCCCACUAGGGAGCUUCCCCUUCCUCCCUGCAGGUCCCCCAGAAUAUGGCCUGGGAGACCCCCCUCCGCCCCCAGGCUUGCUGCAGCCCCCCACCCUGGCCCCCUGGCAGACCUCCAGGGGUGAUGGGCCCCCGGUCACCACCGCCCAGCCCAGUGGGGGCCGCAGCCUGGGCGAGGAAGGCCCCCCAGCCCGCGGCGCCUCCUCGCCCACCCCACCAGUCAGCAUCAAGUCCGAGCGCCUCUCGCCGGCUCCUGGAGGCCCCGGCGACUUUCCAAAGGCCUUCCCCUACCCCUUGCUCCUGGCCCGGCCCCUGGCAGAGCCCCUACGACCUGGGCCCCCCCUGCGCCGGCUGCCCACUACCGACAGCUGGCCCCGGUAGUAGGCCCGGGGGUGGCACCGAUUCUGCCCCUCACAUCAGGCGGGGUGAGGGCACGUGGGGUCUCAACCUCCCUC